AUGAAGACCUUCGAAUUCUCCCGUCGAACAUGGAAGUACUGCGAAUGUUCGUCGAUUUCCGCCGAGAAAUCUAUCCUCCAGCAAGAUGGGAAACUCUACGCUCAAUACUUCUGCGACGAUUGUCAUUACCGAUCUUUCCGAAUGUUCGACGAAGAAGAUCGCUGCUUUGUCUGCCCUGCUGGAAAGUGUGAGAAGAUCAUGACUUUCGACGAAUUCAAGGAAGAGAAAUGUUGCUUUCAGACGAAACUGAGCACAAUCCGGAAAAGCAUUCUGAAGAGUGAGGAAGAAGCAUUGGCUGAUUUGGACAAGAGGAUUGAGGACGCUGAAGCAAAAAUAAAAGCGAAUGAAGAAAUGAUCGAAUUAGCUCGCCAGAACAAGAUGAAAGAGGAGCAGGAGCUCCAACGAUUGAAACUCGCCAGAGAAGAGAUCAAAGACCGAAAAUACAUGAGCGCAGAUCUACAGAUACAGUAUCAAUCCGGCUUCCCAACUCUCAUCUAA